GAAGCCUGAAAUGUCUUUGACAUCGUCAUGUUUUGGAUUCACUAUGUCCUGGAUGGCUGAGAGUCUACACCAGCAUUUUGUUGUCAGAUUAUCAGUCCACCAUGAAGUUUGUUGAAAGAGAAUCAACAGCCCUCUUCAUCCAGGAUUAGUUAUUGCUGCAAGUUUGAUCAUGGUAUGGGCCUGCAGAAAUUACGAUCAGCUGCUUUCAAGACUGAAUCCUUUCCAGGGGUUUUCAUACAUGUUUCAUGACCACAUUCUAUAAUUAACUUAUAGAAGAUCUGAUUUGUUUGAGUAGAUGCCUUACCAGCUAUCUGCCUCUUGAUGGCAUAUUUUUUGCUAGUGUAACUUGGAUCUGCUUUAUGCAGGUCUGAAUUUAAGCUCCCCUCCCUACAGGUGUGAAUUUUAGCCCCGCCUCUUACAGGUGUACUCUCUCUCAGGCUCUCUCGGACUGUCAAAGCUUCCUGUCUGGUCUCACUCCAUCUCCACAGUUCAGGUGCUUCUCACUUGUCACCCUGCAAAGAUGCUGGAUGAGGCAGUAGGACUUGGUGUAGUGACAGUGCUGGGUGUCUUGGAGCAAGCCUAUUUCUCCCUGCAAGUAAUUUACGCCAGGAGGAAGUACAGUGUCUCUCCACCCACCACCAGCGGCCCGCCAGAGUUCGAGCGGAUCUUCAGAGCUCAAGCAAACUGUUCGGAGUAUUUCCCCAUCUUCAUUACUGUAAUGUGGACAUCUGGAGUCUUCUUCAGCCAAGGGUUGUCCAGCAUCUGCGGUUUGCUGUAUCUAUAUGGACGCUUGCGUUACUUCUGGGGAUACGCAGAGUCUGCACAGGGACGACUGGCUCCGCUCUACUUCAGUGCCAAGGUUCUGUGGGUUCUGAUCGGGUUCUCGGCUGUGGGUGUUUUCCUCUCAUUCUGCCGGGUUUAUUUGGAUGUGGAUCUGCUGCAGGUGCUCAUCUCUGCCCUGUUCUGAUCUGGAGGAGGAGGAAGUUUUACCUUUUUUUUCUCUACCGCUGUUAAAAGAUGCUGUAAAAAUAAACCAAGUCAGAACCAAUUAAUUUCUCCACUAAUGAGUAGUGUUGCACCGAUACCAGUAUCGGGCGGGGCCCCGAUCCAGCACUAAAAUGGUGGUAUUGGUAUCGGCGAGUACCAACAAAUAGAGCACCAUUUUAAGAGCUAAAAGUUUAUUCAACU